CACAAAGCGCAACUAUCAUGGAUACUAUAUCUCCUUUAGAGUUUAUUAAAGUCAAAACUACUGCACCCCCGUUGCCUUUUCUGGGGCCGGGGGAGCAAAUUCAACUUCAAACAGAGCGGCUCAUUUUACGACCAUUCAGUCAAAAUGACUUGCACGGCCUUCAUAAACUCCGUACACAAAUGGAGGUGAUGAAGUGGACACCAAGACAGGCCAUCGAUGAUAGCAUAGAGAAAACACAAGCGUUUCUUAAUGCUAAGAUGGCAGCAAAUGGCAUUCAGGGCUUGGGCUUUGUCAUAUGUCUUGCCUCUACUGGUGAGGUCAUUGGUACGGGAGGUACUCACAGCCGGACGGGAAGACUAGGCUGGCCCGAGUUGGGGUACAUGCUACGCAAAGAGUUCUGGGGCCAGGGGUAUGCCAGCGAAUUCCUAUCUGCAUUUAUUGAGUAUUGGUGGUCCUUGCCAAGAACGGGGGAGGAGAUCGACGUGGAGAGGGCAUCAAUCCUGGCGGGUGAGAAGAACGGCUCAUUGGUGACGGAGUGCCUUGCCGCUGUGACAGAUGUGGACAAUAUUGGCAGCCAAAAAGUCAUGGAAAAGCGUGGUUUCGUUCGUGUAAAAAAGUCAUCAUUGGCUUUUGAAGGUCGUGGAGAGGUCCCUUUCUAUGGAUAUGUCUUGAGACGACCACAUGUCGAAUAGUGUGAAUAUAAAUUGUACA